ACAGACGGGACCCGCCGCUGGUGAUGAGGGACUUCCCUUCGGGGACGGCAGAUGAUGGGGGGCGCCCCGCCUUGCCAGCAGCACCUUGCCAAGAUGAAUGGGACGGCCAACGUCAACCCCACGGGCCGCAGCCACUACGCCUCUGCCAUCCCGGUGCCCUCUGCCAUGGCCCACAGCAAACUGCACGUUGUGUCCCCCCCAAGCACCCCAGGACCCCCUGUCUCCCACAGGGCUCCAUCUCCCCGGCCAGCAAAGGGACUGGCCCCUAGCCCCAAGACCCUCAAGCCCAAAGGCGCUGGCAGAGCCACCGGCCGUGGGGCAGCCAAGAGCAGGGAGGGCAGCCCCGGAGUCCCCCCCUGUGGGGGACAGAGACCCCCAGUGAGACCCCUGGGGAAGUGGCCAGAGGCAGGAGGUAGUGGGAGGAGAGGGGCAGGCAGGGCUGGGGAGCCCACCGAGCUGCCCAAAGCCCCUGUGGCACAGGGCAGGGGUGGGGGGCAGCCACGGGGGUCCCCUGGGAAGGGCAGUGGGGUGGGCACAGCAGGGCUGGGGGAUGAGCCCCACGGCAGCUCGCAGGGCAGGGGGCCCCUGUUCGGGUCGGGGGCCAUCACCUUCUCCUCAGGCCCCCCACACAGCCGCCCUGUCACCGCCACUGUGGCACCCUUCCAGUACCGGCUGCAGGAGGACCAGGAGGAGGACAGAGCCACGUCCCUGGGUGACGAGUGCAUGGGUCUUGCAGAGGGACCUGAACCUGACCCCAAAGCCAGAGGCCUGACAGCAGCAGCAGCGCCCGGCGGGUUAAAUGGUUGCAGCGCGGGGAUGCUGGGGAGCAACCUUAAGAGCCUUCCCGACGUGGAGCUGGGCGAAGAGGAGCGCGGCUACCGGCGGGGCCCUGACGGCGGCACGGUGAUGCCGAAGCGGGCCAAGUCGUCGGCGGCGGCGGCGGGGCCGCGGGGCGCGGAGCUGCGCGUCUUCAAGGCGAGCAGCGCGGAGGGGCGGCUGCCGACCGGCUCCAACCUGCGCAAGCAGAAGUCGCUCACCAACCUGGCCUUCCUCACCGACGCCGAGAAGAAGCGGCAGCUCUACGAACCCCGCUGGAGCGACGACAUGGCCAAGGCGGCGGCGGGGGCGGCGGCGGGGGCGGGGGGCGGCCGGGGCGGCGGCGGCCCCCGCGGCCGGGAGGCGCCCGCCAUGUCGCGGAGCCUGUCCCGCUCCGAGCACUCGCUGCUGCCGCCUCGCCCCGCCGGCCCCGCCAAGCCGCCGCCCGCCGGCAAGCCCAGCCGCAUCCCCCGCGGGCCCUACGCCGAGGUGAAGCCCCUCAGCAAGGCCCCCGAGGCGGGCGGCGGCGGCGGCAAGUGCGACGACGAGCUGCUGGGCGGGAAGGGGCCGGCGGUGGCGGCGGGAGCUGAGGAGAAGCCCUACCUGAAGGUGGACCCCGAGCUGGUGGUGACGGUGCUGGGUGACCUGGAGCAGCUCCUCUUCAGCCAGAUGCUGGACCCCGAGUCCCAGAGGAAGAGGACAGUGCAGAAUGUGCUGGACCUUCGGCAGAAUCUGGAGGAGACCAUGUCCAGCCUGAGGGGCUCUCAGGUGUCCCACAGCUCCCUGGAGAUGACCUGCUACGACAGCGACGAGGCCAACGCGCGGAGCGUCUCCAGCCUGUCCAACCGCUCCUCGCCGCUGUCCUGGCGCUACGGGCAGUCGAGCCCGCGCCUGCAGGCGGGGGACGCGCCGUCGGUCGGGGGCACCUGCCGCUCCGAGGGCAGCCCCAGCUGGUACAUGCACGGCGAGCGCACGCACUACUCACACACCAUGCCCAUGCGCAGCCCCAGCAAGCUGAGCCACAUCUCCCGCCUGGAGCUGGUCGAGGCGCUGGACACCGAUGACGUGGAGCUGAAGUCGGGCUACAUGAGCGACAGUGAUCUGAUGGGGAAGACGCUGACAGAGGAUGACGACAUCACCACGGGCUGGGAUGAGAGCAGCUCCAUCAGCAGUGGCCUCAGCGAUGCCUCCGACAACCUCAGCUCAGAGGAGUUCAACGCCAGCUCCUCGCUCAACUCGCUGCCCUCCACCCCCACUGCCUCGCGCAGGAACUCGGCCAUAGCGCUGCGCACGGACUCGGAGAAGCGCUCGCUGGUGGAGAGUGGGCUGAGCUGGUACUCAGAGGGUGAGGACAAGGGCUCCAAGAAGCUGGACUACGACAGCAGCAGCCUCAAGAUGGAGCAGGGCUCCUGCAAGUGGCGGCGGGAGCCCUCGGAGGCCGGUGAGGAUGGGCCCAAGGGCAGUGAGCUGAAGAAGCCUGUCAGCCGGGGCACCCCGGGCUCCCUCAAGAAGGGCAAGACCCCUCCGGUGGCUGUGACCUCCCCCAUCACCCACACGGCCCAGAGCACUCUCAAAGUGGCAGGCAAGCCCGAGACCAAAGCCACCGACAAGAGCAAGCUGUCUGUGAAGAGCACAGGCCUGCAGCGCUCCUCCUCCGACGCCGGCCGUGACCGCGUUGCUGAUGCCAAGAAGCCGCCCUCGGGUCUCACCCGUCCCUCGGCCUCUGGCUCCUUUGGCUACAAGAAACCAGCCCCUGCCACUGGCACGGCCACCGUCAUGCAGGCCGGGGGCUCGGCCACGCUUGGCAAGAUCCAGAAGAGCUCCGGCAUCCCUGUCAAGCCGGUGAGCGGGAGGAAAACAAGCCUGGAUGUCUCCAACACGGCCGAGCCCGGCUUCCUGGCCCCAGGGGCUCGUUCCAACAUCCAGUACCGCAGCCUGCCCCGGCCGGCCAAGUCCAGCUCCAUGAGCGUGACGGGCGGCCGCGGCGCCAACCAGCCGGUCAGCAGCAGCAUCGAUCCCAGCCUGCUGAGCACCAAGCAGGGCGGCAUCUCGGUGUCGCGGCUGAAGGAGCCGUCCAAGAUCGGCGCCGGCCGUGGCACACCGGCCCCUGUCAACCAGACCGACCGCGAGAAGGAGAAGGCCAAGGCCAAGGCAGUGGCGCUUGACUCUGAGUGUGGGACGCUGAAGAGUGUCAGCUCACCUGAGAGCACCCCGAAAGCCCAGGCCAACCUCCCGCCGGCGGCCAAGGUGGCUGAGCUGCCCCCCACGCCUCUCAGAGCGGCUGCCAAGACCUAUGUGAAGCCUCCAUCACUGGCCAACUUGGACAAGGUCAACUCCAACAGCCUGGACUUGCCGUCCUCCAGCGAGCUGCAGCCCCCACACACUGCCAAGCUCCAGGACCUGCACCCAGCUGGCGGGCACCUCGCGCCCUGCUUCACUCCCAGUCCUGCUCCCAUCCUCAACAUCAACUCGGCCAGCUUCUCCCAGGGCCUGGAGCUCAUGGGUGGCUUCAGCGUCCCCAAGGAGGGCAGGAUGUACCCCAAGCUCUCAAGCCUGCACCGCAGCAUGGAGUCCCUGCAGAUGCCCAUGAGCCUGCCCAGUGCCUUUUCGGGGGGCAGCACCACCACCCCUACCCCCACCGCUGCACCCCCUGCCAACACAGAGGAGGAGGAGGAGGAGGCAGGGGAGUUGGGCUGGAGUGGGAGCCCCCGGCUUGCACACCUGGACAGUGCCAACCGUGACAGGAACACGCUGCCCAAGAAAGGGUUGAGGUACCAGCUCCACUCCCAGGAGGAGGCCAAGGAGCGACGGCAUUCACACGCUGUGGGCAGCGGGCUCCCCGAGGCUGAGGAUCAGCAGGAGCUGCCCUCACCCCCUGCUCUGCCCAUGGCUCUGGUCGGGAAGGGGCCGCUCACCAGCAUCGUGAGCCCCACUUCCUCCACAGCCCCGCGGAUCACCCGCUCCAACAGCAUCCCCACCCACGACUCCACCUUCGAGCUGUACAGCACGUCCCAGAUGGGCAGCACUCUCUCCCUGGCCGACAAGCCCAAGGGCAUGAUCCGCUCGGGCUCCUUCCGGGACCCUGUGGACGAUGUUCACGGAUCGGUGCUGUCUUUGGCCUCCAGCGCCUCCUCCACCUACUCCUCCCAAAUCCGCAAGCUGCGCCGCGAGCUGGAGUCCUCCCAGGAGAAGGUGGCCACCCUCACGUCCCAGCUCUCUGCAAACGCCAACCUGGUAGCAGCUUUUGAGCAGAGCCUAGUGAGCAUGACAUCCCGCCUGCGGCACUUGGCUGAGACUGCUGAGGAGAAGGACACGGAGCUGCUGGACCUGCGAGAGACCAUCGACUUCCUGAAGAAGAAAAACUCAGAGGCCCAAGCUGUGAUCCAGGGUGCCCUGAAUGGCACUGAUGUCACCCCCAAAGAGCUACGUAUCAAGCGGCAGAACUCCUCUGACAGCAUCUCCAGCCUCAACAGCAUCACCAGCCACUCCAGCAUCGGCAGUGGCAAGGACGCCGACGCCAAGAAGAAGAAGAAGAAGAGCUGGCUACGCAGCUCCUUCAAUAAAGCCUUCAGCAUCAAGAAGGGACCCAAAUCAGCCUCAUCCUACUCGGACAUCGAGGAGAUCGCCACGCCGGACUCGUCAGCCCCCUCCUCCCCCAAGCUGCAGCACGGCUCCACGGAGACUGCCUCCCCCUCCAUCAAAUCCUCCACCUCCUCCUCCGUGGGCAUCGACACGGCUGAGCUCUUCCAGGCCCACGGUGAGGGUGAGCCAGAGAAGAAGGAGGUGUCAGAGCUGCGGUCAGAGCUGUGGGAGAAGGAGAUGAAGCUGACAGACAUCCGCCUGGAGGCCCUCAACUCAGCCCACCAGCUGGAGCAGCUGCGAGAGACCAUGCACAACAUGCAGCUGGAGGUGGAUCUCCUGAAGGCUGAGAAUGACCGUCUCAAAGUGGCUCCAGGGCCCUCAGCAGUGCCAGGCUCCGUUCCUGGCCAUGUCACGAGCACGUCGGCCUCCUCUUCACCACGGCGCUCGCUGGGUCUCACGCUUGGCCAUGCCUUCAGCCCCAGCCUGGGGGAUGCAGAUGUGUCCCCCAUGGAUGCUGUCAGCGCUGGCACCCAGAAGGACGAGCUGACGCUGCGCAUCGUGGUGCGCAUGCCACCCCAGCACAUCAUCAAAGGGGACCUCAAGCAGCAGGAGUUUUUCCUGGGCUGGACCAAGGUGAGCGGGAAAGUGGACUGGAAGAUGCUGGAUGAGGCUGUCUGCCAGGUCUUCAAGGAUUACAUCACCAAGAUGGAUCCUGCUUCCACUCUGGGGCUCAGCACCGAGUCUGUCUAUGGCUACAGCAUCAGCCACAUCAAGCGUGUGCUGGACACGGAGCCGCCGGAGCUGCCGCUGUGCUGCCGGGGCCUGACCAGCAUCGUCGUCACGCUCAAGGGCCUGAAGGAGAAGUGCGUGGACAGCCUGGUGUUUGAGACGCUCAUCCCCAAGCCCAUGAUGCAGCAUUACAUCAGCCUCCUGCUGAAGCACCGGCGCCUCAUCCUCUCAGGACCCAGCGGCACUGGCAAGACCUACCUGACCAACCGCCUGGCCGAGUACCUGGUGGAGCGCUCGGGCCGAGACGUCACCGAGGGCAUCGUCAGCACCUUCAACAUGCACCAGCAAUCCUGCAAGGACCUGCAGCUGUACCUCUCCAACUUGGCCAACCAGAUCGACCGUGAGACGGGCACGGCUGAUGUGCCGCUGGUGAUCCUGCUGGAUGACCUGAGCGAGGCUGGUUCCAUCAGCGAGCUCGUCAACGGCGCCCUCACCUGCAAGUACCACAAAUGCCCCUACAUCAUUGGGACCACCAACCAGCCUGUGAAGAUGACCCCAAACCACGGCCUCCAUCUCAGCUUCAGGAUGCUGACCUUCUCAAACAACGUGGAGCCAGCCAAUGGCUUCCUGGUGCGCUACCUGCGGCGGAAGCUGCUGGAGUCAGACACCGACGUCAAUGCCAACAAGGAGGAGCUGCUGCGUGUGCUGGACUGGGUGCCCAAGCUCUGGUACCACUUGCACACCUUCCUGGAGAAACACAGCACCUCUGACUUCCUCAUCGGUCCCUGCUUCUUCCUCUCCUGCCCCAUUGGAAUUGAGGAUUUCCGGACCUGGUUCAUCGACCUGUGGAACAACUCCAUCAUCCCUUACCUGCAGGAGGGGGCAAAAGAUGGGCUCAAGGUCCACGGGCAGAAGGCAGCCUGGGAGGACCCCGUGGAGUGGGUGCGGGACACCCUGCCCUGGCCAUCAGCACAGCAGGACCAAUCCAAGCUGUACCACUUGCCCCCACCCACCAUCGGGCCCCACAGCAUCGUUUCUCCUCCCGAGGAGCGCGUCAAAGACACAACCCCCAGCUCCCUGGACGCGGACCCCCUGAUGGCCAUGCUGCUGAAGCUCCAGGAAGCCGCCAACUACAUCGAGUCUCCAGACCGAGAGACCAUGGUGGAUCCCAACCUGCAGUCGACUCUGUGAGGCCUGGACGUGCCGGCCCGGGCGCAGGGGAGCUGCCGCGGCCGCCGCUCUCCUUCCCCUUUGGCAUCCCGGAGCGCAGGGCUGGCGAGCGAGCGGAGGCCGCCGGGGCUCUGGCGUGUCCCGGCAGAGCGUGGGGAAGCUCAGCUCGUCUGUGGGAGAGCACGAGCUGCCGUCUCCCCUCCCGACCUUGGGGGUAGGAGAAUCCUGGUUUCUCUUCUUGGUAUUUUCUGUCUCUAUUGCAAACUCUCGGGCCUUGGGGCCAGGGCGACCGAUGUGGCUGAGCUCCCCCUCCCAGGAGCCGCAGGAAGGCCCCUGCGUGGGGCAGGGACCCCGCGGGAGCCGCCUGGGCCGGAGGAGCUGGGGGGCUCAGGGGCAGCGUGUGGCUGCAGGACGAGAGCGUGGGCACGAGGGUCUCCAGCUCCCUCUGCCCCAGCCAGGCACAGCCGAGGGCGGGCGCUGGGGAGCUGCUGCUGGGGGAGCGCUGGCCGAGGAGCGCGGCUCUCGCUGCUCUCCUCUGCCUUCCCCGUUUGGCCUGCAUGGCAGCCUCUGCGACCAGGACAGCCCAAUAAACCCUGCUUUGGUUGUUUUAUUUUGUUUCCCCUCCUCUCACAUUUUCCUUUGGCCGAGUCCAGACUUUACUUUGGUCCCUUUUUUUGUUCUGGUUCUCCUCUCUCCCGGCCUGGAGCCCGUGGCCCAGUGCCCAUCACUUCCCUGUAAGCAGCUCCCUUUGGUUUCUUUUGCAGCUGUUGGUUCCACCACUCAAACGACCUCUGUUACGAAACUGGUGCUCACUGGACAAUCUCCAGUCCCUGAACCCACCUCCUGGGGCCUCACAGCUUGGCUGAGAUGGGACGUGGCAGUGGGCAGCAGCGGGAUGCUCCCAGAGCAGCUGCUUGUCUGCUGCCCCCCCCUCCCCAAAAGCACAAGGCCAAGGCUGGCCCCGGGCCAGGGUUUCCCCUUAGGUCAUGGUGCCACGGGGCAUCCCCUCCCUGCCAGCUGCCUGCCCCAGCCCCUCGGUGCUGGAGGGCACAACCUGCCCCACGUCCCCCUGGGGCUGUGGGGAGGUGGAUUGUGCCUGGGGGGGUCCCCGUGCCAGGGGCUCCCCGUGGUCCUGUGCCUUCCUGCGCCCCAGGGCCGGGCAGCAUCGCGCUGUGCCCGUGUCAGUGCUCUGGGGUCAUCUCAGCCUGCCACGUGUCCUCUGGGCCCUGCCCUGCGGUGUCACGGGCGAGGCUCCUGGCACGGACGGGAUCAGCCCCGGUGCUGCCGAGGUGCCUUAAUCCCCGGCCAUGCGGGAAGGGGCUGGCACUGGCACUGCCAGCUCCCGCUGCUAUGUCCUUGGCCUGUCCCCAAAGCUGGCUUGGCUGGGCUGGGACAAAGGUGCUGGCAGGGGUUAGUAUGGCCAGGCUGGGGCUGCUGCUCCCAGCACCCCUCGCUUGCCCAUCAGCACCUCCCUCCCUGACCCAGCUGGGCGCUGGGGACCCGGCAGGACAGGACCCUGGCGAGCCUCGAGGAGAAGAGGUGGCCCCAGGGUCUGGUCGGCUGAGCCCUGCCAGACUGGGGACUUGGCAUCUGCCCCCCUUCCUGGCACCGUGGCCGUUGUGACCUUCAGGGACCCCCACAGCCCUCCACCACGGGCAUCCCCUGCGCAGGCCGGCCGUGCAGCCGCCGCCUCUGCCCUCGGUGCUCUCCUCUGUCCCCGCUGCCUGCACGGCCCGGCCGCUGGUGCUCACUGCUCUGUCCGUCCAACAGCCUCCCCGCCGCGUCCCCGCCGCCCGGGCCGGCCCCUGGGUGCAGGGCUGUCCCUGCCCACGCUGGCCUGGGCGCCAGGGCUUUCCCGUCGCCUUCUCUUUGUGUUGCCGCCGUCGGCUGAGGACUCGCUGUAAAUAGAUCUGUAGUGGGAGGCCCUGUGAGCUGGUGGGGCCCGGCCCUGCGCCUCUUUCCUUUUGUUUUUUUGUACUCUGUGAUAACUGUGCUGUGCUGACUUCUUUUCUGAUUGUACAAGACACCGUCUCAGCAGCUGCUCGAGGCUGGCGGUGGGCACCCGGCUGCCCCCUCAGCUCCUCUCGCCCUCCCUGGGGCUCCGAUGCCCGGGGCAGGAAAGGGGAUGAUGCACCUUUGGGGUGCCCUGAGGAGUCACCCCUCUCGCUUUACACGGCAGCCUUGGCUGGGCCUGACACAAGUAGCCACCAAAAAGUUGACCAAACUGUCCCCAUGCCCCUCUCGCUUGAGGUCACACUGCUGGGCAUCCCCCAGCCUCCUGCCUCCAGCUUUGCCCCAUCCUCCCCCGGCUCAGGGCUGCCCUGAACCCUCAGCCGGGCUGUGAGGGGGGCAAGUGGCACAGGAGAGUCCCCCAGGGCAGGGAGAGGGCAGUGCUGCAGGUGUGCUCAGGGCUGGUGCACGAGGGGCAGGGAGGUGAUGGUGCUCAUGGGGUUACCCAGCAGGAGGGACUGGCCCGGAGGGGUUCCUCCUGUUUUCACCGAGCACCCUGUCCCCAGACAGGACGGCUGUGUGUGGGGCUCUGGGCACCCAGCGUCUCCCAGGGCUGCCGGGGGCUGAGCCCCUCUGGCCCCAGAGGAUGGGCACAAGGAUUGCACUAGCUCAUCCCCAAACACCCAAGGGUGCCUGUCACCCCCAAAGAUGCCUGUCCCCCCCAAAGCUGCUUGCAGCCCCAAAGGUGCCUGCCACCUCCACAGGUGCUGCUUGUCCUCAAAGGUGCCCGUGGCCCCGGGGAGCACCCGGAGCCCUCCCGUGGGGCCGGAGCGGGGAGACACCAACACCUCCCCCUCCUGUCCCCUCGAGCUGCUGCUGCCAGGUGGCCUGAACUUUACAAUUUUAGCUUUUUUCUAUUAAAACCAAACGACCUUUUUUUAAUUAAAUAAAAGACAAACUGGACAAACCCCCGUUUUAGAUGAUCUGUGUGACUGACUGGGUUUUGUGUUUCUUAACUGCAUGAAUAUUCCUGCCCAGGGGUUUUAUAGCACUUUUUAAAUUUCUCUUUAAGAUUUUGGUCCAGAUUUCUACUGCUCUCGCCUGUCUGUCUUUGCUUUCUCCUUUGCAUCCUCCCAAGUUUGUAAACUCGCUCCAUUUUAUACCUGAUGUUGAGACCCGACCCCACGUUGUACAUAGCUGCGGGAACAAUCAUAGGGAACAAACACCAUCUGGACUCUUUCCGUCAUCAGUUGUUUUUACUUGAAAAGAAGUUUUCAAAGAAGUAUAAGAGGAAGCCAGGAAAAGGCUUGAGGAUACUACAGAAAUAAGGAAAACAAAGACAGAAAACAAAUCCAGCCCUGCACCAAGUCGGCUCCUGCUGCCCACGCUGCCCGCACCACCCGGCAUGUCUCUUCUCGGUCGUCUGUCUAACACCAUUGGAUUCAAUAAAGUUGUCUCCUGUA